ACCGAAAACCCCACUGCUCGCUCCCCUCUAUCGAGGUCUUCAGCGCAUUUCGAGGGGCCGUUUGAUAGGCUAUCAACACUUUGUAUGAUAGUUACUUAGAUAUUCGCAAGUUUGUCGCUUCACUUGCCAGCUUUUGCAGCUUCACAAAACUCAGCUCGAACCAUACUUCAAGCUGCUCACUCGUCACUCAUUUUCACCCAUUUCGGCUCGUUCUCGCCGUCAAGAUGGUGAACAUCACAGAGAAGAUCAAGGAGAUUGAGGAGGAGAUGAAGAGGACACAGAAAAAUAAGGCAACUGAAUAUCACCUGGGUCUUUUGAAAGGAAAACUUGCGCGACUGAGAGCGCAGCUUCUGGAGCCGGGUCCCGGAGCGGGGGGUGGCGGCGGCGCAGGUUUUGACGUGAGCAAGAGCGGAGACGCCCGGAUAGCCUUGGUCGGCUUCCCGUCGGUGGGGAAGUCGACCUUCCUGUCCAAGGUCACCAAGACGAGGUCAGAGGUGGCCGCCUAUUCCUUCACAACACUCACGGCCAUUCCGGGCGUGCUCGAAUAUGGCGGCGCAGAGAUCCAGCUACUCGAUCUGCCGGGUAUCAUCGAGGGCGCUUCCGAAGGCAAAGGCAGAGGCCGCCAGGUUAUCUCGGCAGCCAAGACGAGCGAUCUCAUCUUGAUGGUUCUCGAUGCCACCAAGAAGGCAGAGCAAAGGGCACUGUUAGAGGCUGAGCUGGAAGCUGUGGGUAUCCGGCUUAACAGGGAGCCGCCGAAUAUCUAUCUUAAACCGAAGAAGGCAGGGGGCAUGAAGAUCACGUUUCAAGCACCGCCGAAGAGUCUGGACGAGAAGAUGGUUUACAACAUCCUGCGAGAUUAUAAGCUCCUCAACGUUGAAGUGCUUAUUCGGGAUGAGAACGCCACGGUAGAUGACCUGAUUGAUGUGAUCAUGAAAGACCACCGGAAGUACAUCAAGUGUCUUUAUGUCUACAACAAGAUCGACAGCGUGUCCCUGGACUUCCUGGACAAGUUAGCACGAGAGCCCCAAACCGUGGUUAUGAGUUGUGAGCUUGACCUGGGCAUCCAGGAUGUUGUUGAUCGGUGCUGGAAAGAGCUGAAACUCAUCCGGAUCUACACCAAGAGGAAGGGCGUGGACCCGGACUUUAGCGAGGCUUUGAUUGUCCGGAGCAACAGCACCAUUGAGGAUGUCUGUGACCGGAUCCAUCGGACACUGAAGGAGACUUUCAAAUAUGCCCUGGUAUGGGGUGCCAGUGCAAGGCACAUACCUCAGAGGGUGGGGCUAGGGCAUCCUGUGUCAGAUGAGGAUGUCGUCUACAUUGUGAGUGGUUGGAAAGCAUGAGGAGUGGGCGGCCAAUUCAGCAGUGGGAGUGGCAGGCUGGAAGAGAGAAAGGAUGGUAGUGGUCUUAACGAAUUAGGCCAAUUCACAAUCUCGGGCAUCUGAACUUGGAAGCACUGCGUGUAUGAGGAAUCAAUUCUCUCUGGUCAUCAUUUCAUGUCGUAAAAGCCCCUGUAUCCAUCCAUCAAUCCCUGCCAUUGAGAAAC